CGAGCGCGCGUGACAUCUACGUGAGGGGUUGGGCAUUGUGUGCUGGCAUUUACCUUGUACAAGGGCCCGGGCGUAGUCGGCCCACGCCCAGGCAUUGCUAACGUACUCGCCAAAAACGGGACCUCGAGUUCAGUGACCAAGAUGCAAUAACGUGUCACGGCAUUCUUCCUCAGAGGCGCAGGGUGCACUUUGCUGCUCGGCCAAAUACCGUUUACAGCGGAGAGACAUGCAGAAACACAUACUGUUACUUACUUCACUGUGGUUUGCCUGGGCAUCGUUGGGAAAGAACACAUUCGUUAAGCCUAAAGUAAAGGACAGCGAGAAAAAUGUGUCGCAGCUAAUAACAUCCUUCGGUUAUCCCGUGCAAGAGUUCACUGUAACGACCGACGACUCGUACCAAAUCAUGAUACAAAGGAUACCUCACGGGCGCACACAAACACCCGUACCUUGGCGCAGAAGGCCUGUCGCCUUCCUGAUGACCGGACUUCUGUGCAGCAGCGCCGACUACGUCGUAAACUUGCCGGACCAGAGCCUGGGCUUCAUUCUAGCGGACCAUGGUUUCGACGUGUGGUUGGGUAACGUGAGAGGCAACUGCUACUCCAAACACCUCCGCCUCAAAAGGUGGCAGAAAAAGUUCUGGGAGUUCAGCUUCGACGAAAUGAUCAAGUACGACCUUCCGGCGCAGAUAGACAUGAUCUUGCACGAGACGAGGCAGAAAUCGCUCCUCUACCUCGGAUGGUCUCAAGGCUCCCUGAUAAUGUUCGGCUUGCUGGCGACGCAGCAACAGUACAACGAGAAGGUUCGACUUUUCAACGCUAUGGCGCCUGUGGCAUUCCUGGGCCACAUGAAAUCCUAUAUCAAGCACAUAACACCCAUAGGAGGGUUACUGAAGGCUAUCGUUCAGAUGGCGUUGAACGGCGCUUUCAUGGCCAAGACCACCAUCAUCAGCAGCAAAAUGGCGAAGAAACUUUGUGGGCGUUAUCGGGAAAGCCGAAGUUGCACAACUGCUUUCAAGUUCUUCAAUGGAGGAUUUCCCAUUGAAAUGAACGUGACUAGGUUCCCAGUUUACAUGUCUAAUAACCCUGCGGGAUCGUCGGCGCGGAACAUGCUUCAUUUCGCACAGAUAAUAAAGACCAAUCGCUUUCAACAUUUUGACUGGGGCCCGAUAAAGAACAAGAAGAUAUACGGUCAGGCGGAACCACCGCAAUACGACGUCAGAAAGGUUACGGCACCAGUGGCCCUCUACUGGAGCGACGGAGACGUUCUGGCCUGCACGCAAGACGUGAAACACCUCGAAAGGCUUCUGCCCAACCUGGUUCUCAGCUACAAGGUGCCGGUGCAAGGCUUCACGCACAUUGAUUUCGCGUGGAGCAUCUUGGCCAGGAACCACGUCUACAAGAAGAUUCUGGAGAUGAUGAUCAAGUACUCCGGGAUGGAACGACUCCAUUACCCACUAACGUCGCAGGGAGGGCAUAAUUUUUCGCAGUUAAUAACGAGCUUUGGUUAUCCCGUGCAAGAGUUCACUGUCACGACCGAAGACUCGUACCAAAUCAUGAUACAAAGGAUACCGCACGGACGCAUACCGACACCCGAACCGGGCCAAGGGAGACCCGUCGCCUUUCUCAUGACCGGAGUUCUGAGUAGCAGCGCCGACUUCGUAGUAAACUUGCCCGACCAGAGUUUGGGCUUCAUUUUAGCAGACCACGGUUUCGACGUGUGGUUGGGCAAUGUACGGGGCACCAUCUACUCCAAUCACGUCCGCCUCAAAAAGCAGCAGAAGGAGUUCUGGGAUUUCAGCUUCGACGAAAUGAUCAAGUACCACCUUCCGGCGCAGAUAGACAUGAUCUUGAAGGAGACCAAGAAGAACUCACUGCUCUACGUAGGGUGGUCUCAAGGCACCAUCAUAAUGUUCGGCUUGCUAGCGACGCAACCCCACUACAACGAAAAACUUAUGAAUGGAGGCUUUCCCGUUGAAAUGAACAUGACUAGGUUCCCAGUCUACAUGGCUAACGAUCCUGCGGGAUCGUCGGUUCGCAACAUGUUUCAUAUCGCCCAGGUGGUAAAGAGCCAUCGCUUUCAACGUUUUGAUUGGGGUCCAUCCAAGAACAAGAAAAUAUACGGUCAGAAAGAGCCACCUCAGUAUGACGUCAGGAAGGUCACGGCACCAGUGGCCCUCUACUGGAGCGACGGAGACGUUCUGGCCUGCACGCAAGACGUGAGACACCUCAGAAGUUUGCUGCCCAACGUGGUGCUGGACUACAAGGUGCCAGUGCGGGGCUUCACGCACAUUGAUUUUGCGUGGAGCAUCUUCGCCAAGAACCACCUCUACAAAAUGAUUCUGCAGAUGAUGAUCGCGUACUCCAGGAUGGAACCACGUGUCCCCGUUAUUCACUAAGGUCUCACAGAUGGCAU